CCCAUCUAUUUAAUCACUCAUCUCCACUGCCCUAAUACACCCUUCACCCUUCUCCUCAAUAGUUCAUAACCCUCUCAUUAUCUCUCCUUUCUCUUCGUCUAUUUAGGAUGGGCUCUGAAGUUGAAGAAGCUGGGUUUUGAUGGUGGGACGACUCCGGCGUGGAUUCAAGGAACGUAGUAGCAAGGAGCUCCCAGCUGAAAACCUCUUGCUCAACAGCUUGCUUUCGAGGUAAAGAUGGCCGGUAAAGGAUGUUCGAGUCUUCUCAUAUCGUUGAUCGUGUUCUUGAGUUCUCUGGCACUUCGUGGUCAAGAAGUGGAGCUUCUCUUGUCCUUCAAAUCCUCCAUCGAAGAUGAUCCUCAGGGGUUCCUCUCAAGUUGGAGCAAUAGUUCCUCGCCCGACUUUUGUAAUUGGCGUGGAAUCACAUGUGACGGUUCAUCUCAUGUUUUGGCCAUCCGAAUCCCCGGCCAAAACAUUUCUGGCAAAAUCUCUCCGUCGGUUUUCCAGUUCGACUUCAUCCAAACCGUAGACCUGUCGUCCAACCAUCUCUCCGGUGAGAUUCCUAGUAACAUUUUCUCUUGCUCUUCACUCAAGCAUCUCAACCUUAGCAACAACAAUCUGACCAGUGUGAUACCACACGGGUCGAUUUCCGGCCUGGAGGAACUGGACCUUUCAAACAAUAUCCUUAACGAGAAAAUCCCUCAAGACAUUGGGUCCUUCUCAAAACUUAAGGUCCUUGAUCUUGGAGGAAAUGUCUUGUCUGGUGAAAUCCCAACCUCCAUAUCAAAAAUCCCGAGCUUGCAAUACCUGACCCUUGCUUCAAACCAAUUGGUCGGAGAACUUCCCCGGGAAUUCGGUCAAAUGAAGAGCCUGAGAUGGAUAUACUUGGGGUACAACAAUCUAUCCGGAGAAAUUCCUAGUGAAAUUGGGGAUAUCGCUUCUUUGAACCAUCUCGAUUUGGUCUACAACAACUUGACAGGGCCAAUUCCAUCAUCUAUAGGAAACCUAAGUAACCUCCAGUACCUCUUCCUCUACCAAAACAGGCUCACCGAUCCCAUUCCUAGGUCGAUUUUCGGUCUAAAAAAAUUGAUAUCACUUGACCUAAGUGACAAUUCACUCUCUGGUGAAAUCCCGGAACUCAUUAUUCAGCUCCAAAGACUUGAAAUUCUCCAUCUUUUUGGCAACGAUUUCACUGGAAAGAUUCCAAGUGCUUUGGCUUCCUUGCCUAGGCUUCAAGUCCUCCAGCUUUGGUCAAACAACUUAUCGGGCCGUAUCCCUAAUGACCUUGGAAAGCAAAGUAAUUUAACCAUCAUCGACCUUUCCACCAAUUCCCUGACGGGUCAAAUCCCAGAGCACCUCUGCGACUCGGGCAAUCUAUUCAAGCUGAUUCUCUUCUCCAACUCACUCGAGGGGGAAAUUCCAAGAAAUUUGAGCUCCUGCAAGAGCCUACAGCGAGUGCGCCUCCAGAACAACCGCCUUUCGGGUGGGUUACUUCCGGAAUUCACAAAACUGCCCCUCGUGUACUAUCUCGACAUUUCAGGUAAUAAUCUGUCAGGCAGGGUUGGAGAGCAAGCGUGGAACAUGCCCUCUCUUCAAAUGCUAAAGCUAGCAAGAAAUGGAUUCUCUGGAAACUUGCCCGAGCACUUUGGAAGCGGCAAGCUUGAAAACUUAGACCUUUCAGAGAAUGACUUUUCGGGCACCAUUCCAGUGGGUUUAGGGGACCUGCAUGAGCUAAUGCAACUGAAGCUUAACGGCAACAAUAUCUCAGGCGAAAUCCCAGAAGAACUAUCGAGAUGCAUGAAGCUGGUCAGCCUAGACUUGAGCAACAAUCGCCUCACCGGACCAAUCCCAAGUAGUCUCGCCGGAAUGCCAGUCCUUGGUGAGCUGGACUUGUCGGAGAAUGAAUUGAUAGGGAAAAUCCCAUCAAACCUUGGCCAAGUGGCAUCGCUGAUAAAAGUGAAUAUCUCGCACAAUCACUUGCAUGGAAAGCUACCAUCAACUGGUGGGUUUCUCGCCAUAAAUGCAAGCGCCGUCUCCGGAAACGAUCUCUGUGGCGGGGACAAACUGACUGAUCUGCCGCCAUGCAAAGGGGCCAGAAAAUCAUCAAUUUGGUGGUCUUUAUUCAUUUGCAUGCUCGUCAUGGCAGCCGUGAUCUGCCUUUCGGCCUAUGCCUUUGUCUUUGUUAGGAAACGAAGUACUGGACCAGUGAAGAAGAGGAUCGAGACAGAAGAUGGAGUGUGGGAAGUGCAUUUCUUCGAUGCCAAGGUCUCAAAGUCGUUGGCAAUAGAUGAUGUUCUGAGCUCAGCCGCGGAAGAGAAUGUGAUAUCUAGAGGGAAAAACGGAACUUCGUACAAGGGAAGAUCAUCCACAAAGGCGAUGGAUUUCUUUGUGAAGGAAUUGAAUACAUCGAAUCUUGAGUCUGAAGCAAUUGAAUUCGGCAAGCUCAAGCACCCGAAUAUCGUGAAGCUCUUAGCCAUUUUUGAUUCCCAAAAGAAGGUUUACUUAGUAUAUGAGCAUGUUAACUGCAAGAACUUAAGGGAAGCUCUCCGAGGAUUGAGCUGGGACCGGCGAAAGAAAAUAGCGGUCGGAGUCGCAAGGGCUUUGAAGUUUCUGCACUGUAGUUGUUCACCAAGCAUCCUUGUCGGAAACAUCUCGCUUGAGAAAGUUAUCGUUGAUCCAAACGACGAGGCCAGGUUGAGAUUGAGCCCUUCGGGGCCAAUCUUUACGGACGUCAAGUGCUUUAUUUCUUCAGGCUACGUAGCCCCAGAAGUCCUAGAGUCCAGAGAAUUCACAGACAAGGGCGACGUCUACUGCUUCGGCCUAAUCCUCAUCGAACUCCUAACCGGAAAAUCACCAUCUGAUGGGGAAUCAUUCGGCAUGCACGGGAGCAUCGUGGACUGGGGAAGAUACUGCUACUCGGACUGCCACCUGGAAACCUGGGUCGAUCCAGCUCUCAAGGGGGCCGCGUCUGGUAACUCGAACGAGAUUGUGGAGGCCAUGAACUUGGCCCUCCAUUGCACCGCCGUUGACCCCGCCGCGAGACCGAGCGCUGAAAAUGUAGUGAAAACCCUAGAAUCCAUACUGGGGACAGGCACUUGUGUUUCUAGACUAAGGAUUCCUUGUUCCCAUGUCUGAAUAUAACUGUCCAAUGCUUUGGUUGGUUUAGCUCGCCUUCUUCUUUUCUUUUUCCCCCUUUGUUUUCUGAAGCUUUAGUCUCUCUUUUUUUUUGGGGUAUUUUUAUUAUAUAUAAGCUGAUGAUGUGAAAUGAACCUCACUAGCUCAAAUGUUUUGUUUGAGGGUAUGUUGACAUAUAUUACUGAGUGUAACAUGUAGAUAUAGACCAAAUUUCCAUAAUAUAGAUUACAAAUUUCAUGGA